AUGAGCUCUUAUCUCAUUUACAAAUACGGUGUACUUGUGAAACGUCGUGAAAAAUCAUGGUUGGUGGCAAUAAUCGACGAGAAAACUGAUGAAAAUCAACAAAAUGUUCGACACGAUUUGUUCGAAUUUCCUGGAUGUCUCGGCGAUAUUAUUAAAAUUGGAAUAGAUUUGGAUAAUGGAGAAGUGAAAAAAGUUGUGAAAUACGAUGAUGAAUGGGUUCGCGACGUUGAAAUUCGUGGAGAUCUUGCGAUAAUCUACAUUUUCCUGAAUUUUUGCCGUGAAAACAUGGAAAAUGUUGUGACAUCCGAAACUGGAAAAGAAUUCUAUAUUUUUGGCGGGGAUGAUGAUAGCGAUUUUCAUCGAGUUGCAAUUGCAAAAAAUGUGGUUGAGAAAACAUUGUCGGAGCGGAAUUUGAUGCAAAAAGCGGGCGAGAAGAUGAUUUAUCGAGUUGGCGUGGUUUAUCAGUGUGUUUUUCUUACUUCUAACGUUAAAAAACCGAAAAAAGUUCAUUUUUUCACCAUUUUCACCACACAUUGAAUAAAAUGAAGUUAAAACGCUAAAUUUUAGCGUCCAGAACUGCUAUUUCACGACCUUCUAAUCAGCCUGAGUCUUUCAAGCUUUCAAAAUCAAAUUGUUGAUUUUCGAAACUUUUCGAAAACCAACAAUUUGAUUUUGAAGGCUUGAUUUGUCUUUUACGCAUCGUACAAAGUGAAAAAAUGCAAGAAAUCAUUUUUUCGCGCAUUAUUUUUGCAUUUUCUGCUGUUUUUCGAGCCAAAAUGGACAGAAUUUGAAAGGAUUUGUCUGAAAUGGUGUUUUAUUGAUAAUAGAGGGAAAGCCAGUGGUGAAUCAAGAAGAAAAAACGAUUUUGAAUCUUAUUUUUCUUGUUUCACCACUAAUUUUCCCUCCAUUGUCAAUAAAACAUCAUUUCAGACAAAUCCUUUCAAAUUCUGUCCAUUUUGGCUCGAAAAACAGCAGAAAAUGCAAAAAUAAUGGGCGAAAAAAUGAUUUUUUGCAAUUUUUCACUUUGUACGAUGCGUAAAAGACAAAUCAAGCUUUUAAAAUCAAAUUGUUGAUUUUCGAAAUUUUUCGAAAAUCAACAAUUUUCUUUUAAAAGCUUGAUUUGUCUUUUCGGCUGAUUAGAAGGUCUUCAAAUACCAUUUCUGAACACUAAAAUGCGUUUUAGCUUCACUUUAUUCAAUGGGAAUAUAGUUGGACAUCGACUAAAUGACAUUUUCAUGUUUUUCAAGCAAAUGAGUUGAAAUAUUGGGUUCUAAUGUUAUUCAUAGGAUAGAAUGGUCUAAGACGAACAGAAUGAUAUAAAUUUUGAUGACUUUACGUUAUCCAUAAGUGGUUUAGCGGCUUAUCGACUAAAAGUCGCUAAAUCACUUAAGGAUAACGUAAAGUCAUCAAAAUUUAUAUCAUUCUGUUCGUCUUAGACCAUUCUAUCAUAUGAGUAACAUUAAAACCCAAUAUUUCAACUCAUUUGCUUGAAAAACAUGAAAAUGUCAUUUAGUCGAUGUCCAACUAUAGUAAUGUGUUGAGAAAAUGAUUAAAAAAAUGAAUAAAAAUACCGUUUGUGAAUCACUUUUUCGGGUUUUUCAACGUUUUUUGCACAAAUUUCUGCAAAAAAUAAUUUUGCAGACCUCAAACAUACCGCAAAAAGCAAUGCUUCUGGAAGCACGAAGAAGACACCGAGAUUUUGCCAAUUUUCGAGUGUUUUGCGAGAGAUUCAGUGGUCCCAUUCGUAAAUCCGAUGAUGAUUUAUGGAGUUUUGGAUGGAAUUGUGAUUCGAAGUUGUGGAGAGAUGAUGAAUUUGUUUUGGAACCGAAAUAUUGGUUGCGCAAUUUUGCAAAAGGAUUUUUCGAAGGAAUUUUUCAAACUUGGCGAUGUUUGUCACGUGCUUUAUAAGUAAGCCGAGUUUUCCGCGCUCCACCGAAAUAAACACGCAACGCAGACCGCGCCGCGUCACAACAAAAGGGAGGGAAUUUGAAUCGUUCCGUGUGUUGUGGCGCGACGCGGUUUGCGUUGCGUGUUUAUUUCGGUGGAGCGCGUGAGGAUGGAUUUUCGAUGGAUUUACCGCCAAAAAUCUAUCUGGUAUUAACACAAUUUUUUAGUUCACAAGGAACUGUUUCUCUAGAUUUUUAAUAAAAUAUAUGUUUUCUAGUGGUUUUCGACCUAAAAUUGCAGGGCUCAACUUCUAACAUGAGUUAUGACGUGGCGAAUUCCGAAAAAUCAGGAUUUUGGAGGUCAAAACUCGCUUUCAAGGUGGUUUUCAUGAAAAUCUGAUAGAAUAGCGUUGUUCAGGAGGCUCGAUUACAUAAUUACAGAAGGCGCUGAUCUUUCUGAAAUCCGGAAAAUCUGAAAUCCGGAAGAGAAGAAAGCGCUGUCUGUAAUUAUGUAAUCAAGCCUCCUGAACAACGCUAUUCUAUCAGAUUUUCAUGAAAACCACCUUGAAAGCGAGUUUUGACCUCCAAAAUCCUGAUUUUUCAAAAUUUGCCACGUCAUAACUCAUGUUAGAAGUUGAGUUUUGUAAUUUUAGGUCGAAAACUACUAGAAAACAUAUAUUUUAUUAAAAAUCUAGAGAAACAGCUCCUUGUGAACUGAAAAUUAGUGUUAAUUCCAGGUUUUUGGUGGGAAAUCCCCCGAAAGUCCACCCAAAAUUCAUGAAAUUUAGACUGAAAUUGUCUGAAAAUCGCCCGAUUUUGCAGGCGCUGUCUUCCCGACACCUCCUUCAACUUCCCGUGCACCCACGACAUCUUCGGCGCCCUGCUCAACCGCGAUUUCGCCACGUCAAAUCUUCUCCACAUCCACAAAAACAUGACGCGCGGCGAGAUCUACAUUGAAACCCGCGCGGAAUGUCGUGUUUUCGCCGUCACCAAUCAAUUCUUCUUCGAAUUACCCAUUUUGGGACGCGUUUUCGACGGAAUCUCAUCGAUUUGGUGUGAUUAUUUGGAGUCGGGACAAGUGUAUUCGUUGAGAAUCGCUUUUGAAAUCGGCGAAAAUGGUUGGCGACCGGUGGUUAAGGAUAUUUUGGUGGUAGGAAUUCACUAGCGUUAAAAAAAACCAGAAAAAAUGAUUCACAAGCGGUAAAAUUCAUUGAAAUCUGAUUUUUGAGCUGAAAAUUGAGAAAAUUCAUUGAAAUCUGAUUUUUGAGCGGAAAAUUCAGAAAAUUCAUUGAAAUCUGAUUUUUGAGCUGAAAAUUCAUUAAAAUCUGAUUUUUGAGCUGAAAAUUCAGAAAAUUCAUUGAAAUCUGGUUUUUGAGCUGAAAAUUCAGAAAAUUCAUUGAAAUCUGAUUUUUGAGCUGAAAAUCCCAGAAAAUUCAUUAAAAUCCCAUUUUUUAACCCUGAAAUUUAAGAAUUUUCUAAAAAUUUGUAUUUUUGAUCUGAAAUUCACACAAAUUCUUCUGCUUUUUUAAGCUGAAAUUCAAAAUUUCAUGCUGAAAAUCCACAAAAAUUUUUCGAAAAAUUGGUAAGGAUUUUGCCACGUGGAUUUUAUGAAAUUGGAGUUUUUUUUUCAAAUUUUCAGCACAAAAAUCAGAAAGAAAAAAAUACGUUUCAAAAUUUUAAUUUUUUUGCAUGAAAAUAAUUUUUAAUACGAUUUUCUUCCCAAUUUUUCAAAAUUUUCCAACUAUGCCACUUACAAAAAUAACUCAUGUUAGAAGUCGAGCUUUGCAGUUUUAGACAGGGGGAUCGUGACCAGCGGGUCGAAAUCUACUGGGAAACAUAUUUUUCGAAUUUUUUGAAUUUCUCGUAAUAACAAGAAAUUCAAAAAAUUGCAAAAUUGAUUACUAGAAAACCUAGCGGGUCGAAAUCUACUCAGAAACAUAUUCUUCCAUCGAAAAUUUCGAAUUUUUUGAAUUUCUCGUAAUUUCAGGUAACAAGAAAAUACAAGAAAUUCAAAAAAUUGCAAAAUUGAUUACUAGAAAACCUAAUCUACUCAGAAACAUAUUCUUAUAUCCAAAAUUUCGAAUUUUUUGAAUUUCUCGUAAUUUCAGGUAACAAGAAAAUACAAGAAAUUCAAAAAAUUGCAAAAUCAGCUUCAUUUUAUUCAAAAUGUGUUGAAAAAUGGUGAAAAAUGGAUAAAAAUACCACUUUUUCGGGUUUUUUAACGUUUUUUCGAAGAAAAUACCUCUAAUUUUCCAGCCCAACUUAAUUACCCUCAAAUGCCGUGUCGUUUUAUUGAAUGAAGAAAUUUGCUACGCAAUAAUCGAUCCAGAUUCACCUAACAACAAUAAAUUUCACGAAAUUAUCGAUUUUAUCGCAAUUUCGCCACGUGUUUUGUUCAGAUCAGAUGUUAGGCCUGAAAUUCUGAAGGAUUUGGUGGAAUUGCAAAUUCGACCUCCUAAUCUGAACCAACAACAACAAAUUUGCGAAGCUGUCAAUAUUUCGGGAAUUUUGAAAAACUCAAAAAUGAUGUGUAAUGAUUUAGGAAAUGUUAUGGGAAAAAUAUGGGUGAGUGGGGGCCCCGAAAAAUUUAAAAAAAAAUUUUUUCCAGAUCCGAAGCACUGCCAAAUUCCAUGAUAUUCCAUCAAAUGGACGUUCUCCAAUCACGUUGAAAUGUCGAAAUUUGCAGCAAAUUUUGGUGGAUCCUUUGAUGUUAACGGAAAGGUUUUUGGAUUGUGAAAUGGUGGCGGUGAAUGCGGAAUGGUGGGGAUUUUUUUGAUUGAAAAUUUGGCUGAAAAUUCAGAAAAUUCAUUGAAAUCUGAUUUUUGAGCUGAAAAUUCAGAGAAUUUUCUAAAAAAAUGUGUAUUUUUGAGCUGAAAUUCACCCAAAUUCUUCUGCUUUUUUAAGCAGAAAUUCAAAAUUUCAUGCUGAAAAUCCACAAAAUUUUUCCGAAAAAUUGGUAAGGAUUUUGCCACGUGGAUUUUAUAAAAUUGAAGUUUUUUUUUUCAAAAUUUUCAGCACAAAAAUCAGAAAAAAAAAAUACUUUUCAAAAUUUUAAUUUCUUCAAAAAAAAAAUUAAAAUUUUGAAACGUAUUUUUUCUUUCUGAUUUUUGUGCUGAAAAUUUCAAAAAAAAAAACUCCAAUUUUAUAAAAUCCACGUGGAAAAAUCCUAAGCCAAUUUUUCGAAAAAAUUUUGUAGAUUUUCAGCAUGAAAUUUUGAAUUUCAGCUUAAAAAAGCAGAAGAAUUUGGGUGAAUUUUCAGCUCAAAAAUCAGAUUUCAAUGAAUUUUCUGAAUUUUCAGCUCAAAAAUCAGACUUCACUGAAUUUUCUGAAUUUUCAUCUCAAAAAUCAGACUUCACUGAAUUUUCUGAAUUUUCAGCUCAAAAAAUCAAAUUUCAAUGAAUUUUCUGAAUUUUCAGCUCAAAAAUCAGACUUCACUGAAUUUUCUGAAUUUUCAGCUCAAAAAUCAGACUUCACUGAAUUUUCUGAAUUUUCAGCUCAAAAAUCAGAUUUCAAUGAAUUUUCUGAAUUUUCAGCUCAAAAAUCAAAUUUCAAUGAAUUUUCUGAAUUUUCAGCUCAAAAAUCAGAUUUCAAUGAUUUUUCUGAAUUUUCAGCUCAAAAAUCAGAUUUCAAUGAAUUUUCUGGGAUUUUCAGCUCAAAAAUCAGAUUUCAAUGAAUUUUCUGAAUUUUCAGCUCAAAAAUCAGAUUUCAAUGAAUUUUCUGGAAUUUUCAGCUUAAAUAUCAGAUUUCAAUGAAUUUUGAGCCAAUUUUCAGCUCAAAAAUCAGAAAAAUAUGUUUUUUGUUACAAAAAUCCGGAUUUUUCUAGUGUUCUAAAUCCGUGGAAUCGUCCAUGUUUCCUGGUCCGCCAUUGUGCUCAAAAUCUCCAAAAACUCACAAAAAUCGUCCCCAAAACGGUGCAAAAUCUCAUAGAUCCAAAAGACGCUUUCAAUUUGGUGCAUCAAGAAAUGUUUCCGAAUUUGCGAACAAUUUUUGAGAAUCGUCCUGAAAAUGGGGUGGAUUUGAAUAGAAGUGAUGAGAGUACUGUAGUUGCGGAUGGCGAAUUUCGAGUGGCUUUGGAAAUUGAGAGAAAUAAUAUGAAUUUUGAUGCCAUGAGUUUGGAUUCGAGAACAAAUCGCACUUAUUAUUCGGAGGUAUUUUUUUGUUGAAAAUCCUGAAAAAAAUCAAAAAAUGUCGAAAAAACAUUGAGUUUUUCAGCCAAAAAUGAUGACAAAUCGAUAUUUUUCAAGCUUCUGGAGUAAUUUAUGAUGAAAAUUGACCUUCAGAAGGUUUUGCUGAUUUUUCGGAAAAUAAAAAAAAAUUUUAUUUUACGAAAAAUCAGCAAAACCUUCUGGAAAGUGAAGCACAGAUUUUUAAAAAUUGAAUGAGCUCAAAAAUUCGUUUUUUUCGGCAAAAAUUGAGAAAUUUAAUGUUGUUUGGGCCCAGAAACUGAAAAUUUUCGAUUUUUGUCCAGAAAAUCCGAAAAUAUUGCUUUUUUAUUCAAUAUUCCAUAGAUUUCCACUGAAAACUUUCAAUUUUUUGAAUUAUUCUUGGUUUUCAAUAAAAUAUAUUAUUUUUUCGAGUUUUUCAACCAAAAAUGAUGAAAAUACGAUAUUUUUCAAGCUUCUGGAGUAAUUUCUGAUGAAAAUUCACCCUGGAAUUCACUUUCCAGAAGGUUUUGCUGAUUUUUCGUAAAAAUUUCGGAAAAUUAAGCAAAAUAGGGUUCUCAAAGCUUAUUUUCAUCAAAAAUCACUCCGGAAGCUUGAAAAAUAUCGAUUUGUCAUCAUUUUUGGCUGAAAAACUCGAAAAACUAAUAUAUUUUUAUUGAAAACCAAGAAUAAUUCAAAAAUUGAAAGUUUUCAGAGGAAAUCUAUGAAAUAUUGAAUAAAAAAGCAAUAUUUUCGGAUUUUCUGGACAAAAAUCGAAAAUUUUCAGUUUCUGGGCCUAAAUAACAUUAAGUUUCUCAAUUUUUUGCCUUAAAAAAACGAAUUUUUGAGCUCAAAAAUGAGAAUCUUCAGAAAAUCGGUGUUUUUGAGAGCCCAUUACUCAUGUUAGAGAUGAUUUUUAUGAAAAACUGAAUACAGGGUGAUGUACAGCAGGGUGGAGUUACCAAAUUUUACCAAAUUUUUGACUUUUGGUCACCCUGUAUUCAGUUUUUGAUAUAAUCUUCUCUCAAAAACCCCUGAUUUUCUGAAAAUUCUUAAUUUUUGGCUCAUUUUUGUGCUCAGGAUCUUUCUCAGCGUGAAAAAUUUUACGAAAAACUUGAAUUUCAGUUAAUUUUCCACGAUUUCCUUUCAGAAAAUCAUGAAUUUUCGCAAUUUUUCCAGAUAAAAACCCAUCACACACAAUCAAUUUACGUUCCCGAUACAAUUUUGGAUGAACGAGAUUUGGAAAAACGAAUUGCUGAAAUUGAAGAUCUCUCGGAGGAAUCAACAAGUUCAAGUUCGAAUUGGCCGCAGCGAAGAAGUUUGUUCGGAAACACGGCAUUUCAACAAACCCAUCGACGUUUUCCGAAAAGAAGAGUCAAAAUUGGAAUGCGAGAGCCGAUUUCGAGAAAUUUAGGGGAUGAGGAAUUUGUUUAUGAUGUGAUUUAUAGAAAUUUGUGAGUUUUUCUGGUUUUUUAUGCAGAAAAUUUGAAAAAAACGGGUUUUUUAACGUUAAAAAAUUGAAAAAGUGAUGAAUUUGAGCCAGAAAAUUCAGAAAAUUCAGUGAAAUAUGAUUUUUGAGCUGAAAAUUCAGAAAAUUCAUUGAAAUCUGAUUUUUGAGCUGAAAAUUCAAAAAAUUCAGUGAAAUCUGAUUUUUGAGCUGAAAAUUCAGAAAAUUCAUUGAAAUCUGAUUUUUUGAGCUGAAAAUCCCAGAAAAUUCAUUGAAAUCUGAUUUUUGAGCUGAAAAUUCAGAAAAUUCAUUGAAAUCUGAUUUUUAAACCUGAAAUUAAAGAAUUUUCUAAAAAUGUGUAUUUUUGAACUGAAAAUUCACCCAAAACUGUGCUUUUUUGAGCUGAAAUUCAAAAUUUCAAUGAAAUUUUAUGCUGAAAAUUUUUCCUUUCUGAUUUUUAGUGCUGAAAAUUGACUGAAAAUAUAAGUUUGAUCAAUUUUUAGAAGUAAAAUUCACGUGAAUUUUACUAACUCAAAGAAUAAUUAAUUUAUGGUCAAAUCAAUAUUUUCAGUAAAUUUUCAGCAUGAAAUUUCAUUGAAAUUUUUAAUUUCAGCUUUUAAAAGCACUGAUUUUUGUGCUGAAAAUUUGAAAAAAACUCCAAUUUUAUAAAAUCCACGUGGCAAAAUCCUUACCAAUUUUUCGAAAAAUUUUGUGGAUUUUCAGCAUGAAAUUUUGAAUUUCAGCUUAAAAAAGCACAAAUUUUGGUUAAUUUUCAGAUUUCAGGUUUAAAAAAUGGGAUUUCACUGAAUUUUCUAUUUUCUGGCUCAAAAUUUUCCAGAAAAAUGAAUAAAAGUUCAUAAAUCACUUUUUUUUGGUUUUUUCUCAAAAAUUCCGAAUUUUUCCCCAGAAAUCAUCGUGAAAUGUUCUCACCCAACGAUUAUUUGCAAAUUCUCGAACUUUGGACCAAAAGAAUCGCGGGACGAUUGGAUUUGAUCAAAAGAAGCCUGGCUGGACUGAUGGCCAUCGAAAUUCGAGAUCAUGAAAAAGAUUGGCUCGAACAACGAACGCCGUUCAAAUUUUUGGUCAGAUUUUAUGCGACACAUAGUCAAAUUGAUAUGAAAUAUAGGAGUGUUUUUAUUCCGGUUGGGUGAGUUUUUGGGAAAAAAAUGAUUGGGUAGGUCUAGACUAGACUUUAGUUUUGAAAAUUCAUAAUUUUCUGACAAUUUUGAGACUAAACAAGACUAUAGUUUUGAAAAUUCAUAAUUUUCUGACAAUUUUGAGACUAAACAAGACUAUAGUUUUGAAAAUUCAUAAUUUUCUGACAAUUUUGAGACUAAACAAGACUAUAGUUUUGAAAAUCCAGAAUUUUCUGACAAUUUUGAGACUAGACUAGACUAUAGUUUUGAAAAUUCAUGAAAUUCUUUUUGAACUGUAAAUGUUUUUUUUUUUCAGCGGUCAAUUUGCCGAACUUCCAAGAUGUUGCAAAUUGGGAAAAAUGUUGGUUGGACUGCAUUUUUCGUCUUUCUUUGAUGUGAGUUUUUUUAACUGCACUUUGAGCUCAAAAAUUAUUUUUUUUUUGGUAAAAAUUGAGAAAUUUAAUGUUUUUUGGGCCCAGGAACUGAAAAUUUUCGAUUUUUGUCCAGAAAAUCCGAAAAUAUUGCUUUUUUAUUCAAUAUUUCAUAGAUUUCCUCUGAAAACUUUCAAUUUUUGAAUUAUUCUUGGUUUUCGAUAAAAAUUUAUUAGUUUUUCGAGUUUUUCAGCCAAAAAUGAUGACAAAUCUAUAUUUUUCAAGCUUCUGGAGUAAUUUCUGAUGAGCUUUGCAAUUUUAGUUAACAGAAUCGUGAUCAGCUGGUCAAAAUCUACUGGGAAACAUAUUUUUCGAAUUUUUUGAAUUUCUUGUAAUUUCAGGUAACAAGAAAAUACACGAAAUUCAAAAAAUUGCAAAAUUGAUUACUAGAAAACCUAAUCUACUCAGAAACAUAUUCUUCCAUCCAAAAUUUCGAAUUUUUUGAAUUUCUCGUAAUUUCAGGUAACAAGAAAAUACAAGAAAUUCAAAAAAUUGCAAAAAAAUUAAGAAAAAUUCAGAAAAUUCAAAUUUUCAGCCAUUAAUUCGAAUUGGCGGAUAUGGAAAGGAAAUGGGUCCAGUGAGUUUGGGAAGGGACCAAAUGCCGAAAUUUGACUAUGAAGAAGUUGGAAAUGGAAAAGGAUUGAAAUGGAUUCGGGUGAGAUUUUCAGCCGAAAAAUUAUGGCUGAAAAUUAUUUUUUUUUUCCAGCUAAAAGUCAAACUCACCCGCCCAGCUGCUCAAAUUAUUCCCAGCCAAAUUUUCGAAAUUUGGACAUGUCAAACUGUCUGUGGACUUGUGAUUGUUGAAACCAAGGAUUUGAUUUUGGAUGAGUUGGAACCGGAAAAAAUGGAUGAUUAUGAAAUGGAAGGAAUUAUUGAACCGUUGCCUGGUGUGAGUCUCAAAAAAUUCAUUAAAAUCCCAAUUUUUGAGCUGAAAAUUCAGAAAAUUCAUUAAAAUCCCAAUUUUUGAGCUGAAAAUUCAGAAAAUUCAUUGAAAUCUGAUUUUUGAGCUCAAAAUUCAGAAAAUUCAUUGAAAUCUGAUUUUUUGAGCUGAAAAUUCAGAAAAUUCAUUGAAAUCUGAUUUUUGAGCUGAAAAUUCAGAAAAUUCAUUGAAAUUUGAUUUUUGAGCUGAAAAUUCAGAAAAAUCUGAUUUUUGAGCUGAAAAUUCAGAAAAUUCAGAUUUUUGAGCUGAGAAUUCAGAAAAUUCAUUGAAAUCUGAUUUUUGAGCUGAAAAUUCAGAAAAUUCAUUGAAAUCUAAUUUUUGAGCUGAAAAUUCAGAAAAUUCAUUAAAAUCUGAUUUUUUGAGCUGAAAAUUCAGAAAAUUCAUUGAAAUCCCAUUUUUAAAACCUGAAAAUUCAGAAAAUUCAUUGAAAUCUGAUUUUUUAAACCUGACACUAAAAAAAAUUUUCAAAAAAUUUGUAUUUUUGAGCUGAAAAUUCAGAAAAUUCAUUGAAAUUUGAUUUUUGAGCUGAAAAUUCAGAAAAUUCAUUGAAAUCUGAUUUUUGAGCUGAAAAUUCAGAAAAUUCAUUAAAAUAUGAUUUUUGAGCUGAAAUUCACCCAAAUUCUUCUGCUUUUUUAACAUACGUCGCAUGCCAGGGGUAAUCGACCCGUGGAGGGGUUAUCCCUGACACCAAAUUUUGGAGGGGUUGUCACUUGAGAUAAAAAUUUUUAUGAAAUUUUCUCAGUUUUGAUGAUAAUUUUCUCUAUAUAUUCUGCCAUAGGGAUACCAAUUUAAGCCUCAAAAAAGUUCCCACAUAAAUAUCUAAUUGAAUUAGCGGUAGCAGGCCUUUAUUAGACCCUUAUCAACUAUGCUCCACGAUAAAAUCCAAAGAAAUGAGCCUGGUAUCAAGAUGGGACCACUAUGUCAUUUUUUACCCUGUGUUAUCAAAGAACACAGGGGUAAAAAGUCACUAGGGGUAUCUAAUGAAUACCAAUGAAUAUUAGACUUGAGUUAGGGGUAGCAUGCCUUUAUUAGACCCUUAUCAACUAUGCUCCACGAUAAAAUCCAAAGAAAUGAGCCUGGUAUCAAGAUGGGACCACUAUGUCAUUUUUUACCCUGUGUUAUCAAAGAACACAGGGGUAAAAAGUCACUAGGGGUAUCUAAUGAAUACCAAUGAAUAUUAGACUUGAGUUAGGGGUAGCAUGCCUUUAUUAGACCCUUAUCAACUAUGCUCCACGAUAAAAUCCAAAGAAUUAAGCCUAGUAUCAAAAUGGGACCAUUAUGCCAUUUUUUCACAUAUCAACUGACAGUUAGUAACUGUAAUAUUUGCAAAAAUUAAGAUUAAGCGACAAUGUAGAGUUAUUCAAAAUUAAUAUGGAUCAAUGUGGUUGCACAAUUUAAUUUAUUUAGUGUCUCGUUUAACUAGCUAGAUUUGAUAUGAUCUUUUUAAAAAUAAUCUCUUGGAUGAACAAAAUUUCAUAUUUCUCAAAAUUAAAAAUUCUCGAUUUCAAAUCUGUAAGGUUUUUUACUUUAUCGAAUCCGCGAUCUAUAUUCUAAUAUCAUUAAAAGUCAGCGAUCUACAGAAUAGUAAUGUAAUCUACAAUUACGAUCAUAUUUUUUUCUCAGAGUUUGUGGUUUGAUUUAGGGUCAAACUAAUGUUUUUGAAAUUGAUACAUUUUCCCUUCUUGGAAAUAGUUGAUAAGAACCUAAUUAAGGUAAAUCACCCCUAACUCAAGUCUAAUAUUCAUUGGUAUUCAUUAGAUACCCCUAGUGACUUUUUACCCCUGUGUUCUUUGAUAACACAGGGUAAAAAAUGGCAUAAUGGUCCCAUUUUGAUACUAGGCUUAAUUCUUUGGAUUUUAUCGUGGAGCAUAGUUGAUAAGGGUCUAAUAAAGGCAUGCUACCCCUAACUCAAGUCUAAUAUUCAUUGGUAUUCAUUAGAUACCCCUAGUGACUUUUUACGCCUGUGUUCUUUGAUAGCCGAGGUGAAAAAUGACAUAGUGUUCCCAUCUUGAUACCAGGCUCAUUUCUUUGGAUUUUAUCGUGGAGCAUAGUUGAUAAGGGUCUAAUAAAGGCAUGCUACCCCUAACUCAAGUUCAAAAUUCAUUGGUAUUCAUUAGAUACCCCUAGUGACUUUUUACCCCUGUGUUCUUUGAUAACACAGGGUGAAAAAUGACAUAGUGUUCCCAUCUUGAUACCAGGCUUAAUUCUUUGGAUUUUAUCGUGGAGCAUAGUUGAUAAGGGUCUAAUAAAGGCAUGCUACCCCUAACUCAAGUCUAAUAUUCAUUGGUAUUCAUUAGAUACCCCUAGUGACUUUUUACGCCUGUGUUCUUUGAUAGCCGAGGUGAAAAAUGACAUAGUGUUCCCAUCUUGAUACCAGGCUCAUUUCUUUGGAUUUUAUCGUGGAGCAUAGUUGAUAAGGGUCUAAUAAAGGCAUGCUACCCCUAACUCAAGUUCAAAAUUCACUAUUUCCCUCAUUGAUGCAAAUUCUGAGCUUAAGCUCAAUAAUAUUGUAAUUUUCAGAUUUCUAUAGCUGGAAAUGAAGAAAAAAUGAAAAAAGGGGGGGGGGGGUUAUCCCUUUCGUCGAAAAUUUUCAAAAAUAGGGGUAUGCACUGGCGGAUUUGAAACAGGGGUAUGCGACGUAUGUUUUUUUAAGCUGAAAUUCAAAAUUUCAAUGAAAUUUCAUGCUGAAAAUCCACAAAAAAAAUUUUUUGCCACGUGGAUUUUAAAAAAUUGGAGUUUUUUUCAAAUUUUCAGCACAAAAAUUAGAGAGAAAAAAAUACGUUUCGAAAUUUCAAAUUUGAAGAAAUUUAAAUUUUGAAACGUAUUUUUUUUUGCUUUCUGAUUUUUGUGCUGAAAAUUCGAAAAAAAAACUCUAAAAAUCCACGUGGAAAAAUCCUUAGCCACUUUUUCAGAAAUUUUUCGAGUUUUUUUGAAUUUCAGCUUGAAAAGCACAAAUUUGGGUGAAUUUCAGAUCAAAAAUACAAAUUUUUAGAAAAUUCUUUAAUUUCAGGUUUAAAAAAUGGGAUUUUAAUGAAUUUUCUGGGAUUUUCUGCUCAAAAAUCAGAUUUUACUGAAUUUUCUGGAAUUUUCAGCUCAAAUAUCAGAUUUCAAUGAAUUUUCUAAAUUUUCAGCUCAAAAAUCAGAUUUUCAGACCCAUUUUUUGCAGGCUCCUUACACGAUCAGAUCACUUUUAAACAACCUGGAGAAUUGCUAUUCCCAACCCAAUGAUCAUAUAAUUUUUUGGCGACUUGUCACCACAUUUCGAGGCUCAAAUUCAAAACCGACUUUGAUUAAAGCGAAUCUGAUUCCACCUCCACCGCCUCCGCCUUCCAAUGAACCGCCCAUGAAAUUUGAAUAUACUUAUGGAGAAGUUUUGAUGGAACACCUGAGAACUGUUGAGAAAUUGACACAGGAACGAGUUGAUCGAUUGAGAGCCAAUGGAGAUCCGAGGGUAUGAGUUUUGGGGUGAAAAUUUUGAAAAAUUUGAAAAUUUCUGAAAAUUUCAUUGAAAAUUAGCCAGGAGGGGUUUUUCUGAAAGAAAAUUUCAAAAAAAAAUUGAGAAAAAAUUAUUUUUUCUUGAAAAUUUUCUGAAUUUUUCUAGUUUCCCUCUGAAAUUAUAAUAUUUUUUCAAAAUAAAUGUAUUAUUUUUAAUAUGAGCAAUUUUGAAAUCAUCAAUUUUUUGAAAGGCGAUCCGAGGGUAUGGGUUUUGGGGUAAUUUUUGGCUGAAAAUUUUGAAAAUUUUGAAAAUUUCAUAAAAAAUUAGCCAGGAGGGUUUUUUCUGAAAGAAAAUUUCAAAAAAAAAUUGAGAAAAAAUAAUUUUUUCUUGAAAAUUUUUAAGUUUUUCCAUGAUUUUUUCUAGUUUCCUUCUGAAAUUAUAAUAUUUUUGCUGAAAAUAUUGAACAUUUUGAAAAUUUCAUUAAAAAUUAGCCAGGAGCCUUUUUUCUGGAAGAUUUUUAUGUUUUUAGACCCGAAAUUUCCAAAAAAAAAUUAUUUUUUCAUGAAAAUUUUUCUGAAUUUUUCUAGUUUCCUUCUGAAAUUAUAAUAUUUUUGCUGAAAAUUUUGAAAAUUUCAUAAAAAAUUAGCCAGGAGGGGUUUUUCUGAAAGAUUUUUAUGUUUUUAGGCCCAAAAUUUCAAAGAAAAAAAUUUUUUUUUGAAAAUUAUCAUGAUUUUUUCUAGUUUCCUUCUGAAAUUAUAAUAUUUUUGUGAUAAAUGUAUUAUUUUUAAUAUGGGCAAUUUUGAAAUCAUCAAUUUUUGAAAGGCGAUCCGAGGGUACGGUAUUUUGGGGUAAUUUUUGGCUGAAAAUUUUGAAAAUUUCAGAAAAAAUUAGCCAGGAGGGUUUUUUCUGAAAGAUUUUUAUGUUUUUUUUCCAGAGACAAAAAACUUUUUUCAACAAUUUUCUUAUUAAAAAUUGUUGUGAAUAAUAUUCUUGAAUUAAUUUUAAAAUUUCAAAAAAUUUGAAAUUUGGAGUUUCGAGAAAAAAUUAUUUUUUGUUUUUUAAAAUAUUCGAAAAACAGUUUCAACAUUUCAAAAUCGAAAUUUUCUAGAAAAAAUUAUAUUUUCAGAAUUUUCAGAAUUCGGGAAAAUGUUAGGAAACUUGAAAAAAUCAAAAAAAUAUUUGGAAAAAUUUUCAAGAAAAAAUAAUUUUUUCUCGAAACUCCAAAUAUCAAAUUUUUUGAAAUUUUGAAAUUAAUUCAAGAAUAUUAUUCACAACAAUUUUUUUUAUGGGGUGAGUCAAUUUUAUUUUUUGUCAAUUAAUUGACACAAAAUGUGAGUCAUUUCUGUGCGAUUUUUUCACGUUUUUGCCGAUUAAUUCCAUCUAUUUUUGCAAUUAAUUGCAUUCAAAAAAGAAGAAUUUCAAUAUGAAAUAGAAUGUAUUUGACCACUUUUUUGAAACGUGUCCCAAAUUCACUGCUUAUUUUUUGAAUUCAUUUCGAAAUGAAUGAAAAUUGAAGGAAGAUGAUUUUUUUUGUUGAUAAUUCCAACUCAUAUAGGUCACGUUUUAAAAUAUAGGUCAAAUAAAUUCUAUUUUUUUUGCAAUUAAUCGCAUUUUUUGCCAAGAAAUGAAAGCGAUGAAUUGACAAAAACGUGAAAUUAAUCGCCCUAAAAGACUCACUUUUUUUGUCAAUUAAUCGCAAAAAACACGUCGAUUAAUUCGAUUGACUCACCCCAUUAGGAAAAUUUUUGAAAAAAGUUUUUUGUCUCUGAAAAAAAUGCUGAAAAUUUUGAUGAUUUCAAAAUUGCUCAUAUUAAAAAUAAUACAUUUAUUUUAUUGCAAAAAUAUUAUAAUUUCAGAAGGAAACUGGAAAAAAUCUUUGAAAAAUUUUCAGGAAAAAUUUUUUUUUGAAAUUUUGUAGCAUUUUUUUUAGGUCCGAAUUUUCGAUGGUCCCGAAUUGACACCUCAAAUGAAGGCUCGAAAAAUCCAUGUUGAUAUUCGCAAGGCGCGAAUGAUGGGAGCACUUGCAAGACUGAAAACCGAUCUGAAAAUGUGUCAUGAGGCGGGCAUUUUUGAGACAGUUACUGAGGAACGGGUUGGUGUUUUUUUUGGGAGAAUUACAGAAAUCCACGUGGAUUUCUGGUGUAAAAAUUUGAAGAAAAAAAAAUUUGGCUGAAUUUUUGGGAUGAAAAAAUGAAAUUUUGUAAAUUUCCAAAUUUUAGCGACAAAAAUUGUUUUUUUCCGGUUUUUUUUCGAAAAAAUCCAAAAAUUUUUUUUUUUCGAAAAAAAAAUCCUUAAUUUUCCACGCGAAAAUAAUGAAAAAAAACAAUUUUUGACAAAAAAUUUCGAUUUUUUUUUUCGAGAAAAAUCCUAAAUUUUCCUGGAUUUCUGAAUAGAUUUUUUGGUUUUUGGUGUGAAAAUUUGAAGAAAAAAGGCUGAAUUUUUGGCCCGAAAAAAUAGAAUUCAGAAAAUUUCCAAAUUUUAGAGACAAAAAAUUUUUAAAAAAAAAUUUUGACAAAAAAUUUCGAUUCAGAAAAUGUCAAAAAACUAUAUUUUUCCUAUUUUUCGAAAUUUUUACAAAUUUGAAUUUUUGAAUCAAAAUUUCACUGAAAAUAAGACUGGCUUGAAAAAUCAUCAAAAUUUCCAAACCCCGAAAAAUUCCAGCUUUUGAAAAACUCGAAAAAAAAAAUUUAUUUUCAACAUACAGUAACCCUUGAAAUUCAUAAAUUUCCGAGUUACAGUACCCCCGAAAAAUCAUCUUUGAAAUUUUCAAACUACAGUAUACCUUCAGGACUUUUUGGGAAAUUGAAAUACAGUACCCCGUAAGAAUUGCCUGAAAAUCCAAGCUACAGUACCCCCAAAAAAUUUUCAAGCACUUUACAGUAUACCCUGAAAAUCCCGAAAAAAAUUGAAAAUUUCGUGAAAAAAAUUCAGCUUCUCCUAAAAUAACCCAAAAUUUUCAAAAAACAAAUAUUUUUUUCGAAUUUUUGAAUCAAAAUUUCAUUCAAGUUGAAAAAAUUCAAAAAAAAAAUUAAAACAUUUUUUGUAAAAUUUUUUUAUUUUAUUUUUGUGUGAAAUUUGACGUGAAAAUGCAGAAAAACAUUAAAUUUCACGUGAAAAUACAGAAAAACAUAAAUUUGACGUGAAAAUGCGGAAACACAUCAAAUUUGACGUGAAAAUGCAGAAAAUUUUUUAAAAUUCAAAUUUUAGCCACAAAAAUUAUGUUUUUGAUAAAAAAAAUCCCAAAUUUUCCUGUAAUUUUCAGAUCCAAAAAUUGUCGGACAAAUACGAAGAAAUGACCGAUGAUUUCCAUACACACGCAGUUUAUAAACGACGUUUUGCAAUUCGAUAUGGAACACAAUUCCUGUUGGAUUUGUUGAUGGAAGACGGAAUUGUGAAAAAAAUGCAAUUUGAACUUGGUGUAAGAGUUUUUGGGAUGAAAAAUUCGUUUUUUUCGGCAAAAAUUGAGAAAUUUAAUGUUGUUUGGGCCCAGAAACUGAAAAUUUUCGAUUUUUGUUCAGAAAAUCCGAAAAUAUUGCUUUUUUAUUCAAUAUUUCAUAGAUUUCCUCUGAAAACUUUCAAUUUUUGAAUUAUUCUUGGUUUUCAAUAAAAAUAUAUUAGUUUUUCCAGUUUUCAGCCAAAAAUGAUGAAAAUUCGAUAUUUUUCAAGCUUCUGGAGUGAUUUCUGAUGAAAAUGAGCUAUUUUAUGAAUUUUUUCGAAAAAACUUCUGGAAAGUGAAUUCCAAGUUCAAUUUUCAUCAGAAAUUACUCCAGAAGCUUGAAAAAUAUCGAUUUUUCAUCAUUUUUGGCUGAAAAACUCGAAAAGCUAAUAAAUUUUUAUUGAAAACCAAGAAUAAUUCAAAAAUUGAAAGUUUUCAGAGGAAAUCUAUGAAAUAUUGAAUAAAAAAGCAAUAUUUUCGCAUUUUCUGGACAAAAAUCGAAAAUUUUCAGUUUCUGGGCCCAAACAACAUUAAAUUUCUCAAUUUUUGCCGAAAAACACGAAAUUUUGAGCUCAAAGUGCAGUUAAAAAUUGUUUUUCAUUCAAUUUUUAAAAAUCUGAAGGUGUUAAAAAACAUUUUUCGUUUGUGAAUCAGCCUAACAUGAGUAUCGAGCUCUCAAAACCACGAAUUUCCCAAAAUUCUCAACUUUUGGCUCAUUUUUUGGGCUCUUCAGAGAGAUUUUUCUCGAAAAUGCUCAAUUUUUCUUUUUGCAGGCUCAAAUCAAGGAUUUAUUGCUUGUGAUGAUCGAUUGUGUCGAUUUGAACAAUACUUACAUCGUCAAAACCGACGAUGUUCAAAGAAUGGUAAGAUUUCGCUAAAAUUCACGAUUUUCAACAAAAAUCUCCUAUUUUUUGCAGCUCGUCUACUUCGAUGAUCAAAAUUUGAUUUCGAGCGAUGAUUGA